CCACAAUUCUCAACGAUUUGAAUCUGUAGUACUUUCUGACAACAUUUUCCCUCAAACCAUCAAUCUUUCCAAAAGCAGAAGGAGUAACUCAAGGUCCUCAAAAUCCAGGAUGGAUCACCUUCCAUAUUUCUCACUAGAGACUUGGACACUUCUCAUUUUAUUCCUUGGCCUUCUGAUGUUAUACGGCGUCUGGCCUUAUGGAGUCUUCAGGAAGUUGGGCAUUCCGGGCCCGAUGCCUCUCCCGUUCAUCGGUACGGCCUUCGGGUUUCGUUAUGGAAGAUCCAAUUUUGAUAUGGUCUGUUAUAAAAUAGGUAAAAUGUGGGGGACUUACGAUGGACGACGGCCCAUUCUGGCUAUAACUGACCCUGAGAUAAUUAAAAUUGUACUGAUAAAAGAGAGUUAUUCCACCUUCCUGAAUCGUGGGAAUUUUGCUCCCCGUGGCCAGUUGAAGACAUCCAUUGUGACAGCAGAAGAUGAGCAGUGGAAGAGGAUUCGGACAGUUCUUUCGCCCACUUUCACCAGUGGAAAGCUAAAAGAGAUGUUUCCCAUCAUUCAGAACUAUGUGAAAAAUUUAUUAGUGCUUUUGCAGAAGAAAGCAGAUCGAGAAGAACUGGUGGACGUUAAAAAAAUCUUUGGUGCCUACAGUAUGGAUGUGGUCACAAGCACCUCUUUUGGUGUCGACACGGAUGCCAUGAACAACCCCAAAGACCCCUUUGUCCAACAGGCACAAAAACUGAUGACGGCUGACUUCCUUUCUCCACUGUUUAUUUUAUUAUAUGUUGCCCCAUGGCUAACCCCUCUUCUUGAAAAGAUGAAUGUAAAUAUUUUUUCCAACGAGUCCGUGGAAUUCUUCGCAAGGUCCAUAACAAAACUGAAAGAGAAGAGGGCCAAAGAGGGUCCAAUGGGAAGAGUGGAUUUCUUGCAACUGAUGAUAGAAUCUCAAAACUCACUGACAAGCCAUGAGAUGAAUGGUGUCAAUCACACCUAUAAAGGUUUGACUGACAGUGAGAUUCUGGCUCAAGCAAUUAUCUUCAUCUUUGCUGGCUAUGAGACCAUUAGCAGUGCCCUCGGUUAUUUGACAUAUGAACUGGCCAUCCAUCCUGACAUACAGCAAAAACUUCAGGAAGAGAUUGAUAUAGUUCUGCCUAACAAGGCUCCAAUCACCUAUGAUACCCUUAUGCAAAUGGAGUAUCUGGAUAUGGUCCUCAGCGAAACUCUACGAAAGCAUCCAAGCACCAGGCGACUUCAAAGAGUGUGCAAGAAAACCAUCAAAUUAAAUGGAAUCACCAUCCCCAAAGGGAUGUUCAUUAUGAUUCCUCCCACCAUCUUGCACUAUGAUCCAGAAUACUGGCCUGAACCUGAUCAAUUUAGACCUGAAAGAUUCAGCAAAGAGGUCAAGGAGAAGAUCAACCCCUAUACUUACUUGCCUUUUGGAGCCGGUCCUAGGAAUUGUAUCGGGAUGAGAUUCGCUCUCAUUACCAUGAAGGCCGCCGUAGCCAGGUUGAUGCAGCAUUUCACCUUCCAGCCCUGCAAAGAAACUCAGAUCCCACUGGUGUUAGCCACAAAAGGGAUCUUCAGAAGACCUACAAAACCCAUCACCUUGAAGAUCGUUCACAGGACCUAAACCAAGGAGAUUUAACUGUAUGAAGAUCCCUGCUCAUAAAGAUGGAUGAAAUCUGCCAGGUUCGCUGUUUCUCGAGUUGCUUUGUUUUGUAACUCGCGUUUUAUCUCUGCCAUUCCACUAAAUCGUUUUCUAUAUAUUCACCCCCUCAAGUGAAAUUAAUGAAAUUCUUCCUUGGUUGGACCAGCUGAUAGGAGAAGACCAGAACAGUUCAAAAUCAGGGUCCAGUCAGGCCAGGAGAGCCAAUUGGCCUUUGAAAUCAUAAAGAUUUCAUGAUGAUAACAGAGACUUUUAUUCUUAUUUCUUGUGUAAUGUUUGCUUGGAAUCCUGUACAAGUACUUCAUAACUAGUUAUGUGGAGAAAUAACAAGAAUUUAAUAAGAGUAAAUUACAUUUUCCUGUGGCAUACAAAUGUAAAAUCUGAAGAGGGCAACUGCUCUCCAAGAAAGAGUUCUUCAUAAUAAAGAAACUCUAAAGAUAA